AUGCUUAGAAUGAUGCUGGAGAUUCCGAUUCCUGAGAAAUGGAAACAGUUGUAUUAUGCAUGGGAUAUCCGAGUGUUCAUUAUAUUGAGUCUUUUCUUUCAAAUGUUUUUGAUUCUCGUUGCUCCUUUGAGAAAACGAACAAAAAAUAACUGGAUAAUCCUUUCAUUGUGGUGUUCAUAUUUGCUAGCUGAUUGUGCGGCUAACUUUGCUCUUGGGCUCAUCUCAAGCAGCCAAGGGAACCCUAAUGAGAACCAAGCCAAAAAAGACAGUAGGGUGGGUAUGCAUCACAAAGACCUUCUCGCUUUCUGGGCGCCAUUUCUUUUGGUGCACCUCGGUGGUCCAGACACCAUUACAGCUUUUGCAUUAGAAGACAAUGAGUUGUGGCCACGUCAUCUUUUUGGUCUUCUUUUCCAAUGUGUUGUUGCAUUUUAUGUGUUUAUUCAGUCACUACCUGAAAAUCGGCUAUGGAUUCCGACAAUGUUCAUGUUCUUAACAGGUUUCAUAAAAUAUGCGGAAAAAACGUAUUCUCUUUUUCUUGCUAGUUCCAACAGAUUCAAAGAGUACAUGUUCCCAACUCCUGAUCCUGGGCCGAUGUAUGCGAAACUCUCAAUUGAAUAUCAUUCGAGGAGGGAGGCGAAACUACCGACUAGAAUUCAGAUGGUUCCAGAGCCGGAUAGAGCCAACUCAGUAAUUAAAAACUCUAUAAAAGGGAAUUUAACAGAGUUGGAGAUGGUGCGACAUGCUUAUGAGUUCUUUAAAACAUUCAAAGGGCUUGUUGUUGAUAUGAUUUUGAUCAAUCGGAGGCAACAGAAUCGGAGUCGGGAUUUCUUCCUAAAUCGGACCGCAAAAGAUGCUUUCAAAGUGAUUGAGAUUGAGUUAAAUUUAAUCUAUGAUGUUCUCUUUACGAAACUUCCGGUGGUGUUUUGUUUAACCGGAGCCAUUAGCCGGAUUUUAUCGUUUGCAACAAUUUGCGCAUCCAUCUUUCUAUUUAUAUAUGAAGACAAAACAAAUUUCCGAAGCUUUGAUGUGAUGAUUACCUAUAUUUUGCUGUUUGGUGCUUUGAUUUUGGAUGUGACCGCUCUACUCAUGCUCUUGUUUUCAUAUUGGACCAUCAUUUAUUUAUGGAAAUCUCUUCAUGUUGAGAUCGACAAAAAGUCUAUCAAGACAUCAAUCAUCAGUGCAUUCCUCCGACUCUUGACUGAUCAGGGCCCACUCUCGGACAAAAAAGAGCAUCCGCAAACUCGCAAAUGGGAAAUUAAGUUCUUAAGACGAAGGUGGUGGGAAUUUAUUUCAACUUACAACCUUAUCGAUUAUUGCUUGCACCCACGCCCAACCCUAAAUCAACGUUUUAUUGACAAGUUUGGGUUUACUGGAUUUUUUGACGGGCUCAAGUAUGUGGAAUACAAAAAUGUCGACCAAAAACUCAAAGACUUCAUCUUCCAGGAGUUAAAAAUAAAAUCAGAACUCGCUGAUGACUUGGAAACUACAAAGGAGAUAAGUUCAGCACGAGGAAGUUGGGUAAUCCAGUUGCAACAAGAUUGGCAUAGCUUACUUACACAUGUUGUAGAUGUUGACUACGAUCAAAGUAUCAUUAUAUGGCACAUCGCCACCGAGUUAUGCUACAACAAAGAACUUAAAACGGAAACCAAAGAUGACAAAAAGGAUCAUAAUCUUCGCGAUAUUGCAAAAGUAUUAUCAGAUUACAUGUUGUAUCUUCUUAUCAUGCAACCAAACAUGAUGCCGGUAAUAGUAGCAGGCAUUGGACAAGUACGGUUCCGAGAUACUUGUGCUGAGGUCAAAAGGGUUUUAAAUAUUGGAGUUGAUUGGGAUCAGAGAAACGCUUGCAUGAAGAUUCUUGACGUACCCACGGAUGUGCCACCAGUGACUAUAAGUGGUGAUCGGAGCAAAUCCUUGCUAUUUGAUAGUUGCAUUUUGGCCAAAGAUUUGAUGGGGAUAGAGGAGAAGGACCCGAGUAAUAAUAAAUGGUCGAUUAUAAGCAAGGUAUGGGUGGAGUUGUUAUGUUACGGUGCAAGCCAUGCAAGAGCUAACACACUAGCAGACCAAGUGAGCAAAGGUGGUGAGCUCAUUACUAUCGUUUGGUUGUUAAUAGCUCAUUUUGGUUUGGGUGAUCAAUACCCAAUUAAUGAAGGAAAAGCAAGAGCAAAACUCAUUGUUGGCAAGUAG